GGCUCAAGUUAUAUGGCAUUGGACCUGACCGAGUGUGAAAGUUGACGUAAACAGCGCAUUUCCGAGAUAUAUCACAUUUAUUUUUCAGAGACUCACUCGAAAGAUGGGCAAGAAGAAGGUUUUGGUCUGCUACGGGGUGGAUAUCGAUGCCGUGGCCGGUUGGCUGGGGUCAUACGGAGGCGAAGACAGCACAAGCGACAUCAGCAGAGGUCUCUGGGCGGGAACAAUCGGUACCCGACGCUUGUUGAAGCUAUUUGAAAAGUACAACAUCAAAGCCUCAUGGUUCAUCCCUGGACACAGCUUGGAAACAUUUCCAGAAGAGUGUGCUAUGGUCCGAGAUGCUGGACAUGAGAUUGGUCUACAUGGCUACAGCCACGAAAACCCCGUGGACAUGACCUUUGAGCAGCAGAAAGACGUUCUGCACAAGACAUGGAAGUUACUCACCGACUUCUGCGGAAAGCCGCCCAAGGGGAGCGUGGCGCCUUGGUGGGAGACAAGUGAAGAAGGGACCGAGUUGAUGCUCAGCUACGGAAUCGAGUAUGACCACUCAAUGUCUCAUCACGACUGCCAAGCAUAUUGGCUGCGGACAGGCGACUCAUGGACCAAGAUUGAUUACACCAAGAAGGCUGAGGAGUGGAUGAAGCCACUGACAAAGGGAAAAGAGACGGGCAUGGUCGAAAUACCUGGCUCUUGGUAUAUAGAUGAUUUACCGCCUAUGAUGUUUAUCAAGAACUCUCCAAACUCACAUGGAUGGGUCAACCCGAGAGAUGUCGAAGACAUUUGGAAAGAUCACUUCGAUUACUUCUACCGGGAAUAUGACGAAUUUAUCUUCCCAAUGACUAUCCACCCCGAUGUGUCGGGUAGACCUCACGUUCUCCUGAUGCACGAACGCAUCAUUGAGCACAUCAACAAGCAUGAAGGUGUCGAGUGGGUCACGAUGGGAGAGAUGAGCGAUUACUUCAAGAGCAAGAAUCCUGCGCCUGAAGGCGCUCUUAUGCCGGCAAGUCACGAGGAGGUGAUGAAGAAGUUUCAAGAGUCCACGUAGAAGCAAUGAAGUCACAAUCUGUCGGGUAAUUAUAUACUUGUAGGAAGUCAAGUUGAGCAAUAAGUUUUACCAGUCAUGAUUUUUUAGCUACUGUUAUUUAUGAUCCUCGGCAUGUCUCUGCUGUGGCAGCUAAGAUAAAAUCACACAUC